AUGUCAGAACGAAAAGAGGUUUAUCUCGUUAUUGGUGGUAGCGGCUUUGUGGGCCGUCACAUCGUCGAGCACCUUCUAUCUCGUGGGGACGUCGUCUGUGUAUUCGACAUCGUCCAGCGACAUCACGAUGUUGACUUUUAUUCCGGGGAUAUUACGGACGAAUCCCAACUGCUUGAUGUAUUGAGAAAGACCGGUACGACUUGCAUAAUCCACACCGCUUCACCACCACACGGUGCCAAAGAUCCAAGCAUAUAUUAUAAAGUCAAUGUUGAUGGCUGCAAAGCUGUCAUCAGCGCAGCGCAGGCUGCCGGUGUGACAAAACUAGUCUACACAAGCAGUGCUGGUGUCGUUUUUGACGGCGGUGAUGUCAUCAACCUCGAUGAACGUGCUCCUUUCCCAGAGAAGCCAUUUGAUGCAUAUAACGACUCGAAAGCACAGGGAGAAAAACUCAUCCUCGAGGCCAAUGGCAAGGGUGGCCUAUUGACUGUUGCUCUACGACCUGCAGGCAUUUUUGGUGAGGGGGACCGUCAAAUGAUGGUGGGCCUCUACCAAGCCUAUCAGCGUGGACAAACUCACUUCCAAGUCGGAGACAACAAUAAUCUCUUCGACUACACCUACGUUGGUAAUCUCGCCAAAGCACAUCUAAUCGCUGCCGACAAGCUGUCCUCUCCCUCACUCCCUACAUCCUCGCAAGAGACCCUCACUAUCGACUCCCUUAAAGCUGAACUUCACCUUGACCGCGCCCUGCAGCCUAUCAGCGCAACAAUCGGAGUAAAGCGCGUUCCGACAUGCGAAGCACGCCCUCUAGGGCCAUACGUCACACUGCCACCUAAUGCCGCCGAAAUAGAGGCAGCGUUCACCGCUCCACGCGAUCCGCACACUCCUGCGCACCCUAUCAUACGCUCCCGAUUCGACCAAUUCUCUGAUAAUGCUAUUGACAUCGCAGAGAACUCGCCACUACAGGUUGCGGGGCAGGCGUUUUUCAUCACGAACGGCGAGCCAGUGUACUUCUGGGAUUUCAUGCGCCUUAUAUGGCUUGCGCUAGAUCCACCUUCAUCAAAGCUCCCGUCGGGCGCAUCGGAGCGGGCGCAGAAGCCUGUGUGGGUGAUACCUAGGGGUUUUGGAAUGGUGCUGGGCUUCCUUGCGGAGUGCUGGGCGUCCUUGAUCGGCAAAGAGGCUGGGUUCACGCGAUAUAGGGUUGGGUAUAGCUGCGCUACGAGGUACCACAAUAUCGAGAAAGCAAGGCGUGUGCUUGGCUAUGAACCGGAGGUUGGGCUGGAGGAGGGUGUUAGAAGAAUGGUGGAGUGGUUCAAGAAGGACAAUAAUCUUCCGUAAUGGCUUUAGAUGCCUGCUAUCUGUUUUGGAUCAACUACAUAAUUUCAUUGUGCACUUUGUUCAGAUACCCGCGCAUUUUGCUUCAUUUCCUACCUUAUUGAUAUGGACGAUGCACAGUUAUAUCUAUGCAUUCGUGGUCAAUGCCCUGUUUGGCUGGCUGCCAAUUCACCUACAAACUGUGUAUCGUAGCAGCAAUAUUUGUACUCGGGGAUUUCAUGGAAGUCUUACA